AUGGAGUCACCUGUCUUAGAGGAUCUCAACUCCUACAGGCAGAUUGUUGGAAGCCUUAUUUAUGUAAUGACACGUACUAGACCAGAUUUGUGCCACAUUGUUACGAAGUUAUCUCAACACAUGUCAAAACCUAUGGUAGCAGCUUUAAAUGCAGCAAAGUAUAUUCUUAGGUACUUGAAAGGAACGUCUGUUUUAAGUUUAAAGUUAAGAAGAAUGGAACACCCUUUGGAGUUGAUAGGUUUUAUUGACUAUGAUUGGGGAGGUUGUGUUAGUGAUAGAAAGAGUAUUUCAGGUUAUUGUUUUCAAAUGUCAGAAUUAGGACCUUUGGUGUCCUGGAAAAGUAAGAAACAGUAG